AUGAAUGCCCAGUGUGAAUACCAUGCGGGGAUAUCGGGGCAUUCGAUCGAGAACUGCACUGCGUUUAAAAAGGCAGUAGAAAGAUUCAUUAAGAUGGGGUUGGUAAAGCUUGAUGACCCAUCAGGACCAAACGUAGCAGGGAAUCCGUUACCCAAUCUGUCUGAUAAAGGGGUAAACGUGAUCAUUGAGAAUGGGGGAAGGAGGAUCAAAGAUGACAUUGCGAAGAAUAUGAUGGACAAUAAAGAGCUAGAAUUUUAUGAAGAGAUCAAAGGACUAGAAAAGGGAGAGGUCUAUGCCUCGGAGGAAGGACCCGCGAGAAAAGCUCAAAAUCACCCGGUGGUGAUUAUUUCAAGACCAAGAAAUACGGGAUCAGGAAUACAACUAGCGCCAAAGGUCAUAAUCCAAAAACCUGUAGCCUUUCAUUACCAGGAUAUCAAAAAGGUUCCUUGGAAUUAUAAUUGCAAUGUGAUGAUCCCGGGAGAAGAGAACCUGAUAAAUGCUUCAAAGGAGUGUAGCGAUGUAGGUUUCUAUACACGCAAUGGAAAACACUACGACCCGGCAAAUACAAAAGAGGAGUCUAUGAAAGGAAAAGCUGUGGCAGUUGAACAAGACAAAGCAAAGACGGCCAGAAUUGGGUCACAGGUUAACGAACCCGUGACUAAGAAUGAGGCUAGAGAAUUCUUAAAAUUCUUGAAGCACAGUGAGUACAGCGUGGUGGAGCAAUUGCGUAAGCAACCGGCUCGUAUCUCAGUGCUCGAGUUACUUCUAAGUUCGGAGUCACAUCGUAAUGCGUUGAUAAAAGUGCUAAAUGAGACUUAUGUUGCUAACGAUAUCUCUGUGAGCAAGCUGGACCGCCUGGUUAAUAACAUAAACGCCGACAACUUUAUCUUUUUCAACAAUGAUGAGAUUCCGCCAGGUGGUAUGGGAUCUACCAAGGCCUUGCAUAUCACUGCCCGUUGCAAUGGGUGUACACUACCGGGGAUACUCGUUGACAACGGAUCGGCACUAAAUGUUUUACCCCUAUCCACAUUAAAUAGGCUACCUGUGGAUAUUUCUCACAUGAAAUCAUGCCAAAAUAUAGUGAGAGCAUUUGAUGGCACUGAGAAAAGAGUGAUGGGAAGAAUCGAGAUACCUCUAUUGAUCGGUCCAAGUACAUACGAGGUGGACUUUUUGGUAAUGGACAUCAAACCAUCUUACAAUUGCCUAUUGGGGAGGCCUUGGAUCCAUUCCGUAGGAGCCGUACCAUCGUCACUUCACCAAAAGGUGAAGUUAGUAGUAGAGGGUCGAUUGGUGACUAUAGGUGCAGAAGAAGACAUCAUUGCGUCAGUUACCGAUGAUAUGCCAUAUAUAGAGACUGAUAGUGAAGCGAUAGAAUGUUCAUUCUGA